GGUUAGUGUUUUCCGCAACGUCGAACUUCGAACAUCGCGCGCCGAUUAACGCAGCAUUAUUUCCACGUGAGCAGCCAGUCAUCGGUGUGUGUACGUGUUGGUACGAGUGUGUUUGUGUGUGGGCGCAAUACUCCAGCGGAGAUCCUAUGAUUUUUUUUUUGUUUCGGGCGUAGUGGACAAAAUUUAAUAGGUCUUUUUUGCCGUGAGGUGACUGGGAAACUGCGAGCCCGGGGUGUAGUUGAGAGGUGACUGCACAGCACACCACUCUGGUAAUCGGAGACGGACUGUGAAAUGAGCCAGUGCAUGCUUGGAUGUGCAGUUUGGUUUUCGGUUCCCUUUCGGAAGGUGGCUGGGAAAUUACUAGUGGAUUACUAGAUUUUGCACUGUUGACAAAAAAUAAAAACACAAAAAAGCGCCGAAUAGAAACGAAAUAAAUAGUGUGGCCCGGAAUUUGUCGGGUGACGAGAAGAACUUUGAUUUAUUUGUUGUGUUUGAAGCAUUCGGACUGAGCGUGUGCUAGUAAGUGUCCAUUGCCCACUGAUCGAGUUCUCAGGGUUAAAUCAUUUCUGGAGCGCAUUUUGCCAGUUUUCAGAACAAAUAAUAAAUAAACCCUGACUAAGCAUGUUCAAGUUGACAGCCGUGCUGUUGGUGUUCAGUCUGGUGGAAGCCAAUCGGUUCCGUGCGGAAUUCCCGGGUCCCUAUUGUGCCGCACGAAGAUACGACAAAUGCUGUACCCAUCGCCAGGAUGGCUGUUCGCAGCCCAUCUCCACCACACUCUGCUAUUGCGAUGAGUUUUGUGAACGUGGCGAGUCCGGAGAUUGCUGUCCGGACUACGAAGAGGUCUGUUUGGGAAUGAUGCCGGAGCCAAUACACGAAGCUUGCAAACACAAGGGUCACAGUUUUACGCCGUUCGAUCCAGCCGUGAUGGAUAAUUGCAACACUUGUAAAUGUCAAAAUGAUGGCACCGUUAGUUGUACGGAAGAUAUUUGCUUAGCAGAUGACGAUCUGUUGAAGCAGCUAGAUCAUUUGCAGCGAUCGAUUGGAUGGCAAGCUACUAAUUACAGUGAAUGGUGGGGACACAAAUACGAUGAAGGAAAGACUUUCCGAUUGGGCACAUUUUACCCGAAGUUCAAGGUUAAGUCGAUGAGUCGUCUGACCAAUGGCCAGGAACAUCUGCCGACGCAUUUCGAUGCAACCACCUACUGGCCAGGUUUUAUUGGAGAAGUUCGCGAUCAAGGAUGGUGUGGAUCAUCAUGGGCCAUCUCGACAGCUUCCGUAGCCUCCGAUCGGUUUGCCAUUCUGUCGAAGGGACGUGAAAUAGUGCAGCUAGCUCCCCAGCAAAUAAUAUCCUGUGUGCGUCGAACCCAAGGCUGCAGCGGAGGACAUUUAGAUACAGCCUGGAACUACGUUCGUAGAGUAGGAGCCGUCAACGAGGAGUGCUACCCGUACAUCUCCGCCCAGAAUGCGUGCAAAAUCCGUCACUCGGACACGCUGGUCACUGCCAAUUGCGAUCUCCCGACGAAGGUGGACCGCACCAACAUGUACAAAAUGGGACCGGCCUUUAGCUUAAACAACGAAACCGACAUCAUGAUUGAGAUCAAGAAACACGGCCCGGUGCAAGCUAUCAUGCGUGUCCAUCGUGAUUUCUUUUCGUAUAAAAGCGGCAUUUACCGUCACUCAUCGGCAUCGACAGCAGCUGAUCAACGUGCCGGCUAUCACUCAGUUCGAAUAAUCGGUUGGGGAGAGGAGCGCGACGGCUACGAACUGACAAAGUAUUGGAUCGCUGUCAAUUCUUGGGGAAAGUGGUGGGGUGAAAAUGGCCGGUUCCGGAUUGUGCGUGGCUCCAACGAGUGUGAAAUCGAAAGUUACGUCCUUGCCUCCCUUCCCUACGUUCACCAACAGGUGAAACCGAUGCGACAGUUUGGUGAACUGCAGGAGAUGAUUGUCGGUACCGGAUAUGUACCUCAUCCCAGCAGGAGGUACCCACCCUACGGACGCCGGACUGGCUGAGUGUGACGGAGAGACAGGAGGACGGGUAGUUGUCAACGAACGGUUAAGAACUGUACAGUAUUAAGUUUAGGGUGGAAGCAGCGAGCAUCAGCGUGAGCUUCCUAGAUUAGCGCGGUACGGACCUGUGUUUUAUUUUACUCAGCUAGCGGCGAACCGAGAAAAAAAAUUGUCGAUAUAUGUUUUCCUUUUCGAAUGUUUACUGCCUAGAUCGCUUAGAAAUGUUGUAUUAUUUAGUUUCUCUAAUGAGCACUAGUCGAAAGCUCCAGUAAAAUAGUGUAUUCAGCUUAAAGUGUUCAACUACUCAAAAUUAUUAUGUUUCGUCAGUAGUAGUAAAAAAAACAGCUAUAAACGUUUACGAUAAGUUAUAGUUUCUGUCAGAAUAAUGCAGUAGUUUAUGUAAAAUUCAAUGGUGCCAAAUUUGAACGAUACAAAAUAGACGAUUUAUAACGAGAGUUAAGCGAAUCGUGUUAAAAUCUAAAUUCCAUGAUACUGAACCAGACAGAAAGAAAAAAAAAACUUUUCGGUUGUAUAUUAUUAUUUUUAUAUAACUUUUUUAUUACGCAGAAAUAUUAUUUAGGCUAGAACGAGGAAAAUUAUUAUUUGCAUGUAAAUCUUGGAAGUAAUAUCAUACUUUAAUUUGUUUAAAUAAAUGUGUUCAGAGAUCAA